GAGCUGACAGAAGAAGCAAAAGAAGGCGCCUUCUCCAAUUUUCCUCUCUCCCAAAACACCAUCAACCUUCUCAAAGCUCGAGGUGUAAAAUACCUGUUCCCUGUGCAAGCGAAGACUUUUCAGCCCAUAUAUGAUGGCAAAGACCUAAUUGCUCAAGCUCGAACAGGAACCGGGAAAACCUUUUCUUUCGCCGUUCCGCUGAUUGAAAAACUUCAGAGUGUCUCGCAAGAUGGGAGAAGAGGCCGUGCACCAAAAGUGCUGGUCCUUGUUCCAACCAGGGAACUGGCCACCCAGGUAGCCAAAGACUUCAAGAAUCUCACCAGGAAACUGUCAGUGGCUUGUUUUUAUGGAGGAACUCCGUAUAAAGAACAGCUUGAUCUCCUUAAAAGUGGCAUUGAUAUUCUAGUGGGAACUCCUGGACGGAUCAAAGACCACGUUCAGAAUAGCAAGCUGGAACUUUCCAGUGUGAAGCACGUUGUUCUGGAUGAAGUUGAUCACAUGUUAGACAUGGGCUUUGCUGAACAAGUGGAAGAAAUCUUAGGAUUUGCUUACAAAAAAGGUUCUGAGAACAACCCUCAGACACUGCUGUUUUCUGCAACUUGUCCACGAUGGGUAUACGAUGUGGCAAAAAAAUACAUGAAAGAUGAAUACGAACAGAUUGACCUGAUUGGAAAGAAGACUCAAAGGACGGCCACGACUGUGGAACACUUGGCUAUACAGUGUCGGUCAUCUCAGAGAGCGGGAGUUCUUGGAGAUAUCAUCCAAGUCUACAGUGGCAGCCGUGGGCGGACCAUUGUCUUUUGUGAGACCAAAAAGGAAGCAAAUGAACUGGCUAUGAAUGCUUCACUCAAACAGGAUGCCCAGUCAUUGCAUGGUGACAUUCCACAGAAACAGAGAGAAAUUACACUAAAAGGCUUCAGAAAUGGUGUGUUUGAAGUUCUGAUUGCUACAAAUGUAGCUGCCCGUGGUUUGGAUAUUCCUGAGGUUGACCUUGUUAUCCAGUGUUCACCACCAAAAGAUGUUGAUUCCUACAUCCAUCGUUCUGGACGUACAGGUCGAGCUGGUCGGACUGGGAUCUGCAUUUGUUUAUUUCAGAGAAGAGAAGAAGAUCUUCUGAAACAGGUCGAGCACAAAGCGGGGAUCACGUUUAAGCGUAUAGGUGUUCCUUCCGCUACAGAUGUAAUUAAAGCUUCAAGUAAUGAUGCCAAGAAGUUGUUGGAGGCCAUUCCUCCUUCUGCAGUAGACUACUUCAGAAAAUCUGCUCAGGAGCUCAUAGACGAAAAAGGGGCGGUUGCUGCCCUGGCUGCAGCGCUGGCCCAUAUUUCUGGAGCAUCUUACAUACAGCAGCGCUCCUUACUCAACUCAACCGCGGGCUUUGUGACAAUGGUGUUAAAAUGUUCAAUAGAAAUACGUACCAUGAGCUAUGCCUGGCGAGGACUAAAAGAACAGCUUGGUGAGGAAGUAGAUGCCAAAAUAUCUGCGAUGCGUUUCCUCAAGGGGAAGAUGGGGGUGUGCUUUGAUAUCCCUGCUGGCGAGCUGAAUAACAUACAGGAACAGUGGCGGGACACGAGGCGCUGGCAACUGUCGGUGGCAAAUGAACUGCCUGAGCUGGAAGAGUACCCCCAGGAGGCAGGACGAGGGUUUUCCAGGUUCGGAAACGGGAGGCAAGGUGACGGCGGCUUCAAGAGAAACAACUGGUUUAAGAACGGAAACCAGGGACAUGAUUUGAACAGGUCACUUGAUUAA